AGCUUGACAACAAAGCGGCUGUUUAAUGUCGGAAUCAGGGCAACGGUUCAGAGUCGAACUUUUUAGCUUUGGAUAAACCCGAGGCUGUGAAAUCAGAUUUGACUUAAAUCUGAUCCUCUAUGAAGCGGAGCUGAAGCCAACAUGGCUGCGAAGUCUGACAAACUUCUCAUCGUAGUUUCCAUUCUGGAAGGUCGAAAUUUUCCAAAGAGCUCCCGCCUCAGUCUGGUGGUUCAGGCGAGCUUCGAUGGAGAACAGCUGGAAACGGACCCGGUGGAGCACAGAGAGCAGCCCCAGUUCAGCACCGAGCUGGCCUGGGAGCUGGACCGCAAGACGCUGCAUCAGCACAGGCUGCAGCGAACUCCCAUCAAGCUCCAGUGUUUCGCUCUGGACUCCGUCAGCCAGCGGAAGGAGAACGUGGGCUACGUGGUUCUGGACCUGCGAUCCGUCCCAGAGGUCCGGCAGGAGCCGCGCUGGCAUCAACUGCUCAACAGUAAAUACACCAAACAGAGAGCGGCGCUCCUCGUCGGCGUCAUCCUGGAGAACGACUCCAAGGCUGCGGAGCCGUCGCCUGAUAAAUUCAGAGCCAAGAAGGCCCCGCCCCGACAAGGUCAGAGGUGGAGGGGGGAGUCAGAGAGAGGGUGGAUCGAGGGGUGGGGGGUGUCAGAGGGCGGGCCGCUGGUCCUGAAAACUGAAACUGACGUGAACUUUCUGUUGCAGCUGAUUCCCAGCACAAAGAAACUGUUGGCGGAGGACUCUGGUUUCUUCUUCUACUACACUCUCCUGGGGAAUGACAUCACCAGCGAGCCUUUCCACAACCUGCUGAGUCCAGACUUCGAGCCGGAGCGCGCCUCUGUGCGAAUUCGUAGCAGCAAACGGCUCCUCCGGGCCUUCCUGUGGCAGCAGCCCUGCCUACAGAUCCACCUGUGCUAUGGGGAUCGUUCCCUGGGCAGCACCGACGUCCCGCUCUCUGGUCUGGCUGAUGGUUCUGAACACCUGGAGGAGAAGGCCGCCACAGUGGAGGGAGCGUUCGUCCUGAGGCCUCCCAGACGCUCCCAGCUACCGCCGCUGCCUGCAGACCAGCAGCCUACGGUCGGAGUGGCCGUUACUCUGAGGAGGGAGGAGCCUCGGCCCCCAACGGAGCACAGGAAGGAGCCCCGGCCCCAAACGGACCUGGAGCCUCCAACUCAGACUCCGGGGAACAAAGAUCCCAGCAGACGUCCAUCUCUCUGCGUCCCUCCUGCUCAGAGUCCGUCUCCGGUCCAGAAUCCUCCUGAAUCCUCUCCUCCUCUUCCUCCUCCUUCCUCUCGUACAGAGAGCGAAGCGGAGAGCCUUCUGGAGGAGGCGGAGCUCCACAGGAAGCAGGCAGCAGCUGAUCUCAGCAGACCUGCGUCUGACAGCGCGGCAGCUGAGCGUCCUCCUGUGGACGCCGAUGGUGGAGGACCUGGAGCUCCUCCUGAGGGCGGAGCUUCAUCAGUCAGCGUCUCCGCUCCCAAGGUGUCCAUCCCGUCCUCUGCCCAUCACUACUGCUUCUCUCUGGACCUGCGCAGCCUGGGGAAGCUCUCCCUGCCUCACCCCAUCGCCGCCACGCUCAGGUACUCGUACCAGUUCUUCGGCAGCUCGGCUCCCAUCAUGACCAACCCCCCAGUGGAGCUGCAGAGGAACAUGGAGGCGACUCCGCCUCAGUCCUACUGCGCCUUCGACUUCGCGGCGCUGCCUCACCAGCUGCAGGAGACCUUCCUGAGGGUUCCCCUGGUGGUGGAGCUGUGGGACCGAGGUUCCGCCAGCAGAGACCAGCUGAUGGGAGUCGCCUCCAUCCAGCUGCAGCGCCUCCUCAGCUCAGAGAAGACCAGGCUGGCCGGAGCGCCGGGGGAGCCCAGCUGGAGACGGACCCACCGGGACCGGGUCCCUGUGGUCCACCCGCAGCGGCCCACAGAGGCGGUGGCUGAGCUGAGCUACGAGGCGACGCUGGAGGACCUGGGCUUCGUCAGAGCCAAGCAGGUCCUGCUGUCGGACUCCUCACAGAACGAACGUCCAACCGUCCCUCAGUUUGCUUCUCACCCAGCGGCCCCAAAACGGACCAUUCAGGGGCCCCCAGCGGCCCCCGUCACAACCAGAGACACCCUGGAGUACCAAGCUGCCCUGGAGCUGGAGAUGUGGAAGGAGGAGCAGGAGGACCUGUUUGAUGAUCAGGUAAAAUCAGGUUGUGGUCAGACGGAACGUUCUGGACCAGGAGGAACCAACCCAGAGCUGGAGUUCAACCUGCUGGAGGAGAAGCUUCAGAAGACUCUGUCUGAUCUGGAGAAGAGGGAGAAACAGCUGGCUGAGGCGGAGCUGCAGACUCAGCGGCUGCAGAGGGAGCUGCGAGUGGAGCACGACCUCACCCAGAAGGAGCUGCAGGAGGCCAGCAGGAGGCUGCAGAGGGAGUGUGACCACCGGGUGACGUUGGAGAGGGAGAAGGUCCAUCUGAUGGAGGAAGAGCGAAGCCGGCUGCUGCAGCAGAUCGCAGACGGAGAGACUCGCUACAAACAGCUGGAGAAAGAGUUCCAGCUGUACAGGGAGCAGCAGAACGUGCGACCAGAGCUCCGCCUGCAGUCCGAAAUCAACCUGCUGACUCUGGAGAAGGUGGAGCUGGAGAGGAAGCUGGAGUCCACCACCAAGUCCAAGCUUCACUACAAGCAGCAGUGGGGCCGCGCCCUGAAGGAGCUCGCUCGCUUUAAACAGAGGGAGCAGGAGAACGCCGUGGCUCGUCUGAAGAAGCAGCAGGCGGAGCUUGAGGCCAUGAGGCUGCGUUACCUAGCAACCGAGGAGAAGGAGGCGGUGCAGCAGGACCGGAAGGAGCUGGACCAGAUCAGGAACCAGCUGAACAGGUUAAAAAAGCAGGAAGAAGAGAGGUUAGGCCCCGCCCCCGUAGAGCCAGGCCCCGCCCCCAGCCUGAAUGAGAGCUCAGAGGAGCACCUGAGCCGCCUGCUGGAGGAGAGGGACACGCUGCUGAGGACCGGGGUCUACACGCACCAGGACCGGAUCGUAGCGGAGCUGGACCGGCAGAUCCAGGACGCCAUGAGGGACAGGAGGCUCUGACGGCCGCUGUGCGGUCCGAUCGGACCGGCACCGGCCGGCCGGGUCCAGCAGAGGGUCCGAUCACCUGCAGAUUAACCAGCAAACCGAACCUGAUCCAACUUCAGGUUUUAUACCGCUGGACUCGGACUGGGUCAGCAGCAUCUGGUUCUGGAGGUUCUUCCAUCCAGCAGAUCCUCAGAGGAAACUAGCGGUUCUGAUCCGACCAGAGAGCCACGGCGGU